GGAGGGGAGCGCGACCGACUCCGGGCGCGGAGCGGCGCCGGGCAGAGCCGCGCGGCGUGCAGGGCGAGCGCAGCGGGCGCGCGUCCCGGGAGCCCCACGCCCUGUCUCGCGCGCUGCCCGCACCAUGAAGCACCUCCCGGUCCUCGAGGACGGGCCGUGGAAGACCGUGUGCGUGAAGGAGCUGAACGGCCUCAAGAAGCUGAAGCGGAAAGGCAAGGAGCCGGCGCGGCGCGCGAACGGCUAUAAAACUUUCCGAUUGGACUUGGAAGCUCCGGAGCCCCGCGCCGCCGCCACCCACGGGCUGCAGGACCGGACCCAGAGGCUGCAGCCGGUCCCGGUGCCCAACCCGGUGCCAGCCGCAGUGGCGCCGGCCGUUCCCCCAGGUGGGGGCGCGGAUACUGGCGGGGAGCGCAGGGGCGCCCGAGCGCCCGAGGUUUCUGACGCGCGGAAACGCGGCUUCGCUCUGGGCGCAGUGGCGCCGGGACUCCCCACGCCGCCGCCGCCGCCGCCGCCUCCAGUGCCCCAGGGCCAGGCACCUGGGGGUCCCGAGGCGCAGCCUUUUCGGGAGCCCGGCCUGCGUCCCCGCAUCUUGCUCUGUGCACCGCCUGCGCGCCCGGCACCGUCUGCACCCCCAGCACCCCCGGCGCCCUCGGCGCCUGCGGACUCCUCGGUGCGCCCUGCGCCCCCCACGCGCCCAGGGGAAAGUUCCUACUCCUCAAUUUCACACGUAAUUUACAAUAACCACCCAGAUUCUUCUGCGUCGCCUAGGAAACGGCCUGGCGAAGCGACCGCCGCCUCCUCGGAGAUCAAAGCCCUGCAGCAGACCCGGAGGCUCCUGGCGAACGCCCGGGAGCGGACGCGGGUGCACACCAUCAGCGCAGCCUUCGAAGCGCUCAGGAAGCAGGUGCCGUGCUACUCCUACGGGCAGAAGCUGUCCAAACUGGCCAUCCUGAGGAUCGCCUGCAACUACAUCCUGUCGCUGGCGCGCCUGGCCGACCUGGACUACAGCGCCGACCGCAGCAACCUCAGCUUCUCCGAGUGUGUGCAGCGCUGCACCCCGCACCCUGCAGGCCGAGGGGCGCGCCAAGAAGCGCAAGGAGUGACGGCAGGCUAGCUGGGACACGGCCGCAGCCUCUUCCCAGGACGAGAAGGUGGACGCCCCAGGCCAGCCCCAGGUCUCUGCAGGAUUCAGGGGCCCAGCCCACCAUGCCUCCUGGGGCCGUCCAGGCUGGGCAGCCUGCCUCGCCCUCCUGGCCACGCGGUCACCGCGCACUUUGCCCUCUGCUUGCGGGAGACCCCGCCCUCCUCUGCCUCAGGUCCUGAGGUCGGCGCAAGGCUGCAGAAGUUCAUUGCCAAAGAUUCAACAGAGACGCCGGACACCAUGGGGUUGAAGCCCAGCAGCGGAAGGCCACACGGGGGCUCCGUGGCCUUCAAGCCCUCCUGUUGCCAGAGCCCACCCAUCUCAAGCCAAAGAUGAGCCUCAACCCCACCAGGAGCCCGUGGACAAGAGAGCACUUGGUCCUGGGCUGGCAGGAGCAGGAGGAGCCUUCCUGGGACUGAGAGGGAGGCAGGGAGGCUGCCCGAGGUCUCUGCCCCUGGCUGCCCCCCAGCUGGCCACCCAGCCUCUGGCCCUGCUCCCCAGGUUUCCCUCUGGAACCUGAACACCCAGGGAGGGUUUGGGUGGGAGGUGGCAUGUCCCAGCUGGGGACUCGCCCCCGGCCACCUGCCUAGGAGGGCUCACACUGGUGGCCUUGCCACCUCCCCGGGGUUCCCUCACACUGGGCGACAAGGUGGCGGCCCGCAGAGGUCAGUGCCCUGUGGCGGGCUGGGCCGGAGGGCGGAGGAGGACGGGACCAGGGUGACGGCCGUGCAGGCUGGUGCCCAGGCCAGGGCCAGCGCCUCCCGGGCUCACAUCUGUGCUCAGCCAUCUGCUUCAAAUUGAAGUAAAACCCAACAUGUAAAGAAAACUCCCGCCGUGCUUGUGCCGAGGAGUCUGUGGGCGCCGCGGCCGGGAGGGU